UCUCACGUGUCCCGCUUUCCUCUGACCCCGCCCCGCCUCCUCUCUUCCUCUCCGGGCUCCAUAUUGAGGCUGAAGGAGGCAAAAGCCAGUCACAAAAUGGAGGUUAAGAGGAGCAACUGAGUCAGACCACCCUCCCAAAAUGGCGUGUAAGGAGGAGAGAGAGGCUGAAGAUUACAAGAGGAGGGGAAGAAGAUCUUCACAGGGCCAAGAUCCUAAGGAACCAGAACAGUUGAGGAAGCUGUUUAUUGGUGGCCUAAGCUUUGAAACUACGGAUGAUAGUUUAAGGGAACACUUUGAAACAUGGGGCACGCUCACAGACUGUGUGGUGAUGAGAGACCCUCAGACAAAACGUUCCCGUGGCUUUGGGUUUGUGACCUAUUCUUGCGUGGAAGAGGUAGAUGCUGCAAUGGCAGCUCGACCACAUAAGGUUGAUGGACGUGUGGUGGAACCAAAGAGAGCAGUUUCCAGAGAAGAUUCUGUGAAACCUGGUGCCCACUUAACAGUGAAGAAAAUAUUUGUUGGGGGAAUUAAAGAAGACACAGAAGAAUAUAAUUUAAGAGAAUAUUUCGAAAAAUAUGGCAAGAUUGAAACCAUAGAAGUAAUGGAAGACAGGCAGAGUGGGAAGAAAAGAGGCUUUGCUUUUGUGACAUUUGAUGAUCAUGAUACAGUUGACAAAAUUGUUGUUCAGAAAUACCAUACUAUUAAUGGGCAUAACUGUGAAGUGAAAAAAGCUCUCUCCAAGCAAGAAAUGCAGACAGCAACUGCUCAGAGAAAUCGUGGAAGCAGUUCAGGCAACUUCAUGGGUCGUGGAAACUUUGGAGGCAGUGGUGGAAGCUUUGGUGGCCGAGGUGGAAGCUUUAGUAGCCGAGGAGGCUAUGGUAGUGGAGGUGGUGGCGGUGGUGGAGGCAGCAGGGGAAGUUAUGGAAGUGGCGAUGGAUACAAUGGCUUUGGUGAUGGUGGUGGGAACUAUGGAGGUGGUCCUGGAUAUGGUAGCAGAGGAGGCUAUGGUAGUAGCCCAAGCUAUGGAAGCCCAAGCAGUGGGUAUGGCGGAGGAGGUGGCGGCUAUGAUGGUUACAACGAAGGAGGAAACUUCAGUGGCAACUACGGUGGUAGUGGAAACUAUAAUGAAUUUGGCAGUUACAGUGGACAGCAGCCAUCAAACUAUGGACCCAUGAAAGGAGGUGGCAGCUUUGGUGGCAGAAGCUCAGGCAGUCCCUAUGGUGGUGGAUAUGGAUCUGGAGGAGGAAGUGGGGGCUAUGGUGGAAGAAGAUUCUAAUAAAACGUAGCAGGAUAAGGGCUACAGUUCUUAGCAGGAGAGAGCGAGGAGUUGUCAGGAAAGCUGCAGGUUACUUUGAGACAGUCGUCCCAAAUGCAUUAGAGGAACUGUAAAAUCUUCCACAGAAGGAGCGAUGAACCAUAGUCAGAAAAGUUACUGCAGCUUAAACAGGAAACCCUUCUUAAAGACUGUCAUAGCCACAGUUUGCAAAGAGUGCAGCUAUUGAUUUAAUGCAAUGUAGUGUUUAGAUGUACAUUCCUGACUUCUUUUUUAAUUUGUUGUUGUAGCUUUGUCUUUUUCUUUAUAAAAUCAGGUAUAUUGCCCUGUAAAUUUGUGGUAGUGGUACCAGAAAUUAAAAAUAAUUAAGGAACUUUUAAUUUUUCAAUUCUUGUGUAGCUCAGUUUUUUUUCUUUCUUAAACUUCUUUAAAUAAAGAAAUGUAGUUUUAGGGUAUAUUCUUGCUAGGAAAAAAAUCAGUGCAUUAUAAUCUUGUAUUAGUUUAAACUUGUGAAACUGCUGAAUCGUUUAAAAAUUUUAGUUUUUCUGCAUAUGUAACCAACCAAAAGAAAUGAGUUGCACAUGCAAAGGGAGGGGCAAGAUGUUUGCAUUAAAGCUUGUUUAGCCGUAUAACUAGGACUGAGUCAUUUAAACUAGUGCUUGUGAAUGAUAAAAAAGCUUUAUUUUCAAAAGAAAAUUCCAAAUACUUCUGGCGUGUGCAUAUAAUUUGUAGCUCUUGUUUAUUAGUUUAAGCCUUCCAAGUAAAUUAGUAUGAAAGUUCUUUUAAGCUUUAUUCAAUUUGCCUCUAAUUUCAUUGAUAUAUGCAAGAGGUGCAUCGGCCCUUAAGCACUGGCAGAACAGGCUUCUGCCUUUUAAUGCUGUUAAGGCUUAACCCCCACCCCACCCCAAGUACGCAAACAUUGAAUUAAAAUUUACAAGCAAAUAGCCUUGGUCUGUUACUUAGCUUACAACUAUAUAGUUUCAUUUAUUCUGCCCUAAAAUGGGUUAUUAUACUUAACCAUUAAAUAUAAUGGUUAAUAUUUCUACUGCAUGCGGUUCUGACUGCCCUCUACUUGGAACCAGGUUGCAGCUCAGUCACGAUCCCUCCAAAUCCCUUGGAACAAGUAUACACUUUCUGACUAUGGGCAAACCAACAAAUCUACUUCACACACCUAAUGUGCUGAGCAUCAGCCUUGAAGGUGAAGUGAAAACUGAUUGCUUCAUGGCCUAGGAAUAGAAACUGGCUGAACAUGAUGUAUUUGUUGCAAACAGCGAGUCUUGUGACUAGAAUAAAAUUUAAGAUUUUUUUUUAAUGCA